GAACAGAAGAUGGCCCAGAUUUCGACAAUGGGGUGCGACAAGAUCCCACUCAUAGGUAGAACGACGUGGACAUCAAUGCUCUACACGUAAUUUAAAUUGUGUUACAUAUUUGACAGGUUUCAUUUGCCUUGUGAGUGACAGUAGUUCUUCUAUAUUAAACGGCAAAGAUAUUUUGGAUUUUGUUAAGGAUACAACUUAAUAUUAUUUUAUAAUGGAAACCGAGAGGCGAUCAGAUUUAUAUGAAGAAUGGAAAAAACGGGCUUUUCUGGGCCCACUUCCUCAGGGAUUUCUCAGAGUAGAGGAACAUAGUAUACAAGAACAACAAGAAGCUGCUGAUGAACAAGCUGCGCUUGCACUUCAUCAGUUGCAACUGCAAAAUAUGCCUGUGAUGCAUGAACCCCAUGUUGGUAGACUUAGCAUAACAAUCGUUCAGGCUAGACUAGUAAAAAACUAUGGAAUGAUCAGGAUGGAUCCUUAUGUGAGAUUGAGAGUAGGUCAUGCAGUUUACGAGACACACACGUGUUCCAAUGGAGCAAAGAAUCCACAUUGGAACAAAGUUAUUCGAUGCUAUCUGCCACCUGGAGUUACACAAAUAUAUGUAGAAAUAUAUGACGAAUGUUCUUUUGUAAUGGACGAGUUAAUAGCAUGGGGUCACAUAGAUAUUCCACCGCAAGUCCUCCAAAAGGGUGAGACUUACGAGAGUUGGUACAGGCUUAGUGGAAAGCAGGGAGACAAUCAGGAAGGAAUGAUAAAUCUAGUUUUUAGUUAUAUGACCAAAGGUCAUCCAUAUAUGAACGUACCAGCAAAUAUAAAGGCUCCUUCUUCAACAAUGUUCGAUAUGAGACAGUAUACACCAGUACAUGUUUAUACAACACCACCUGUAACCGCUGUAUUACCUGAUGCACCCAGUUCUAUGCCAAAUGCUGAGGUUGAGUUAAAACAGAUCAUGGAAAUGUUCCCGAAUGUGGAUAAAGAAGUAAUUAAAUCUGUUUACGAUGUGAAUCAGGGGAAAAAGGAUGUAACUAUAAAUUCAUUGCUCCAGAUGUGUGAAUAAGAAGUUUCUUUUUAUGUAAAUUAUUUUAUUUAAUUCCAAAGGCCAUAUUUGUAUUUUCUGCUAUGCUGUAUUCCUUUCAGAAUGUAAUAUAUGUGCGACCUAUUGCCAUGCAUUUUAUGGUUUUUAACGUCUAGGAAGUUUCGUAAGGAGAUUCAUAAGACUUUAUUGGGCAGGGAAAUAUAUUUUCUAUGAAAGUA